GCGGAGGCAGCACCGACCGCCCCCGGCCCGGCCAUGUCGGAGCCCGGCGCCCCCGCGGCCGGUGAUAAAGCGCCCCGGCUCCAGGACCGUGUCCUUCGUGGGCUGCGCUGGAGCCGCCUCCAGGAGCCGCUGGGUUUCAUCAAGGUGCUGGAAUGGCUCUUUGCCAUCUUUGCCUUCGGCUCCUGCGGCUCCUUCAGCGGCGAGACAGGAGCCACAGUGAGAUGUGACAGUGGAGGGAUGACAGCCAUCAGCAUCCAGUUCGGGUACCCCUUCAGGUUAUACCAGAUUCCCUUUGGGAUGCCCACUUGUGAGGAGGAAUCAGAAGCCCGCACCCUGUACCUCAUCGGUGAUUUCUCCGCUCCCGCCGAGUUUUUCGUGACCCUGGGGGUCUUCUCCUUCCUCUACUCCAUGGCUGCUCUGGUGCUCUACCUCCGCUUCCAUUCCCUCUACACGGAGAACACGAAACUCCCCUUCACAGAUUUCUGUGUCACCGUCUGCUUUGCCUUCUUCUGGCUGGUGGCGGCGGCGGCGUGGGGCAAGGGGCUGAGCGACGUGAAGGCGGCCACGCGCCCCUCCGCCCUCAUCGCUGCCAUGGCCGUCUGCCAGGGCGACGGGGUGGUCUGCAACGCUGGCACCACACCGGCCAUGGGGCUGGCCAACAUCUCGGUGGUGAGGGCAUGGGGCACACACACAUGGGCACAAACAUGGGCACAAACACGGGCACAGAGGAGCACACACACAGGGGUGCACACACACGGGCACACACAAGCAUACAUGGGCACACGGGGCACACACAUGGGCACACACAUGGGCACACACAAGCAUACAUGGGCACUGAGGACACACACGGGCACACACACGGGCACACACAUGGGCACACACGGGUGCACACAGGUGUACACUUACAUAUUCUGCCACACCUGUACCAGAUUCCUGAGCUCAGCCAGGAGAGGGCAGUGGCAAGGUGGGCACACAGAUGAAAAUAUGGGCACAGCAUGGAAAUGUGGGUGAAAACAUUCCACAGCCACCUGCCUUGGUCCCACGGGAUGUGGGAUCCACCCUGCAUCCCCCCCACUGGGAAAUUUGCACUGGGAAUGGGCACCCUGCACUGGGAACCUGGUACUGGGAAUGGGGCACCCUGCACUGGGAACCAGACACUGGGAAUGGGCACCCUGCACUGGGAAUGGGCACCCUGCACUGGGAACCAGACAUUGGGAAUGGGCACCCUGCACUGGGAUGCUGGCACUGGGAAUGGGCACCCUGCACUGGGAAUGGGGCACUCAGCCACCAGGGACUGCCAGGAUGGGGCGGGGAGUGGUGAUGCCGUCCCUGGCAGAGGUGUUUGGGGUGUGUGGGGUGGGUGAUGUGCAUGGGGACAUGGGGCAUAUGAGGUGCCUGAGGUAUAGGGGCUCAUGGGGGUAAGUGGGGUGCACGGGGUGCAUCUGGCAUGGGGGUUGCAUGGUGUACGUGGGGUGCAUGAGGCACAUGGGGCAUACAGGGUCCAUGGGGUGCACAGGUUACGUGGCACAUUGGGGCACAUGGGGUGCAUAAGGUGCCUGGAGUGCGUGGGUGGGGAGUAUUGGGUGUGUGGGGCACAGGACUUGGGAUACACAUGGGGCACAUGGGGUGCCUGGAGUGCAGUGGGGUGAGUGGGAUGUACGGGAAUUAUGGCAAGUAUGGGGUGCAUGGGGGUGUGGGGUGCACAGGGCACACGUGAUCCACAGGCUGCAUGCAGUGUAUGGAAUAUAUGAAAGGUUUGGGGUGUAUGGGGUACACAGGGCACACCCGAUGCACAGGGUUCAUGGGAUGUUUGGAGCUUAUGGGACGCACAGGGUGUGUGUGGGGUGCUGUGCUCCCCCAAGGCUGCCCUGUGGGAGCCUCUCCC